AUGGAGAAGCUAGGGAGGCCACUAGCCCACCUCUUCCUCGCUUUCUUUCUCUACAACUUCGGAAUGUACAUGGUGGCUCCGAUUAUAACCGAUGUCACCAUGUUUGCGGUCUGCCCACACCAGCCCGAGUGCUCCCUUGCCAUUUACCUCACCGGAUUUCAACAAGCGGUGAUUGGGCUUGGGACUUUAGUAAUGAUGCCAUUGGUAGGGAAUCUUUCAGACAAAUAUGGGAGAAAAGCUUUGCUCACUCUCCCAAUGAGCCUUUCUAUCAUCCCUUUGGCCAUAUUGGCGUACAGCAGGUCCAGGAACUUCUUCUACGCUUACUAUGUGCUUAAGACUCUCACUGCCAUGGUUUGUGAAGGAAGUGUUCACUGCCUUGCUCUCGCCUACGUGGCGGACAAUGUUCCGGUGGGACGGCGAGCGGCGGCCUUCGGGAUACUCUCCGGGAUCGGAUCCGCAGCGUUCGUCUGCGGGAACUUCGUCACUCGAUUCCUCACCACUGCUUCCACUUUCCAGGUGGCGACGGCCGUGGCGAUCGCCGCUACGGUGUACAUGAGGAUUUUCCUUCCCGACGUAGCAGUCGAUGAAAGCCUCAAGACGCCAAUUCUCUCCCGAGGGAAGGCAAAGAUAAUAGCAGAUUGCCCGAACGAGAUCUCUCCGAUUAAGAGCGAUCAGAUCUUCAAAUCGAGGCCUUCCCUGCGAGACAUGCUCACCAUGCUGCAGAGCAGUAAGACUUUCACCCAGGCGGCAAUCGUAGCGUUCUUCCUCAGCCUUUCAGAUGCCGGCCUUCAUGCCUCCCAAACGUACUACCUGAAAGCAGAAUUCCACUUCAAUAAGGAUCAGUUCGCAGAUCUAAUGGUGAUUUCCGGGAUUGCUGGGACGGUUUCACAGCUGAUUGUGAUGCCCAUAUUAACUCCAUUCUUGGGAGAAGGUGUUCUGCUUUCGGUUGGACUUUUCUUCUCUUGUGCCCAUACAUUUCUCUACAGCGUCGCAUGGUCUUAUUGGGUCCCAUAUGCUGCCUCUAUGCUCUCCAUUUUCUUCGUUUUCUCACAACCAUGUAUGCGAACCAUUGUGUCCAAGCAAGUUGGUUCAUGUGAGCAGGGAAAGGCUCAAGGAUGCAUAUCAGGGAUUUCUUCCUUUGCGCACGUUGUUUCCCCCCUAGUUUUCUCUCCAUUAUCAGCUCUAUUUCUCUCCGAUAAUGCCCCAUUCGACUUCCCUGGCUUCAGCAUCAUGUGUGUUGGAUUCGCAAUGACGGUAGCCUUUGUUCAGAGUCUCAUGAUUAGGGUUCCCCCUCCCAUUUCAGAAGAGAGGGUCAAUAAUCCGAACUACGGUGAUGCCUAA